AUGAUGCAGCGUGUUGUGCUGCUGCUGUUACAAGUUGUUCCUUCUGCUGGCCUGCUCGUCUCGUGGACGGCAGCAAGGUCUCGCUUGUCACAAAAGGUGCAACGAUCAUGUACCAGCGUUGAUUCUCACACGCCUGGAGGAGGGCUAAGCGGCGAUGAGCCUCGAGAUGCAAUGGUAAGCGAGCUGCUGCAGCUCUUUCAGGGCGAGUUCGACAACUAUGACCAGGUAGUCGCAGACCGCAAGGCCGGCAUGACGCCUGGGCCUGGGGGAGGCCACGAGCACAUCCACUGCAGCUUGAAACGGCUCGACCCGGCCGAGGUCCCCGAGCAAGUCGCCGCGGCAGCGGCUGCACCCCCCGGUAGUAGGAGCUCCAGCGGCGAGGAGGAGGAGGAGGAGGAGGAAGGAGCGGGGCAGGGGGCGCAGCAGCAGCAGCCUGAACAACCCCUGGCGGUGGUGGCGGCGAAGUACUACUUCAACGGUGACUCGAACGUGGUGUUUCGGUAUCGCCUGUACAGCUUCCAUGCGUGUCCGUCGUUAGACCAUUGACCUCGCAUCCCUACAAAGCCGGGACGGAGCACGCCGGGUUCUCAC